AUAAUUAUUAAAGAACCGCUACCGAUAAGAAUGUUGUAGUAACCCGUUUACAUUUAGUUUAAGUAACUGGACGUGGCUAGUUAGUUUCGCUCGCCAAUUUCGAGACGGUUAAGUCUCAGUUAACUUUAGAUUUUAGUUGUGACUUGUAGUACAAUAGAGUUUUAUCAGUCGAUUGUAGAUAAACACGACCGAUAUGUUACGUAAUUCGUUUAUCGCGACACUGACGUUCGCGGUUAUUCAUGUUUUGCCGGCCCUCGGCGAGAACACAACCAUGACGAACAAUCUCAAGGUUCUGGUGUCUUCCAACGAUUUCCCUGAAAGUGGACUGGAAGUUUUACGCAAACAUUUCACAGUUCUUCAAAGCCGCUUCAUACACUUCGGGGAAGAGGGCAUCACCGAGAACAAAGAGGAACUCCUGAACCUCAUCCCAGGAUGCUCCGGACUCGUGUGGGUGUCACAUCACCCCAUCACCAAGGAGUUGCUGGAUAAAGCUGGUCCAUCCCUCAAAGUGGUCGCUACUGCAUCAGCCGGCUACAACCAUUGCAACCUAGACGAGCUGAAGGCACGUGGUAUCAAGCUCGCGAACACACCGAAUGUUCUGAGCCCUGCUGUCGCUGAGAUCGCUGUCGGACUCAUCCUGGGUGCGGCUCGCCGGUUCACUGAAAACCUGGAUCAAGUGCGCAGGGGCGAAUGGGAGAUCGGCUUCAACAAAGUGCUAGGACAGGAUGUGCGUGGGAGCACCGUGGGCAUCGUCGGGCUGGGAGGCAUCGGGCAGGCGGUGGUCAAGCGGCUGGCCGGCUUCGAGGUCGGCAAGUUCGUCUACACAGGACAUAGGGAGAAGCCUGAAGGCAAAGCACUAGGAGCAGAGUUCGUAUCACUUGACCAGCUGCUGGCACAGAGUGACUUCAUAGUGCUGGCGGUACCACUCACCAGUGAGACCAAGCACAUGAUCAACAGCACCACCCUGGCCAAGAUGAAGAAGAACGCCAUCCUCGUCAACGUUGGCAGAGGGGACUUGGUUGACCAAGACGCGUUGUACGACGCUCUGAAGAAUCACCAGAUCUACGCCGCCGGCCUCGACGUGACCACUCCCGAGCCUCUGCCGAAGGACCACAAGCUGCUCACACUUCCCAACAUUUUCAUCCUCCCGCACAUCGGCAGCGCGACUGUGCGCACACGCAGCGACAUGGGCGUAUUGGCGGCAAACAACGUAGUCAACGCGCUCUCCGGCAAGCCUCUUAUCACGCCUGUACUCGAAUAGAACUCUUAAAUUAACUACUUUAAAGUACAUUGUCGCUUGAAUAUUUUUAUUGAUUAGAAAUUGAUACUCUUGCGCACGUCGCGCCGUGUUCAACGAAUAUUUUAUGCCCAAAGUUGCUUGCACUACAAAAAAUGGUUUGAUGUCCAUUGAUUCUUUCCAUUGCUUUUGCUACUACAAGAUUAAUAUUUGAUUGCUUAAUAAUUACGUAGUAAUUAAAUAUUAUAGCAUCUCCUACCACCUAAACUAAUACAUAAAUGAAAGAUAAUAAAUUAUCUCUAUCACUAGGUAUCGAGUUGUUGGUGUUAAGUGUUUUUUAAACUUUACUACUUUACAAUGAGUUGAAAAAGACACCUAAUGAUAAAUAUUGAGAGUACUUUGAAUAUGAUAAGAUAGAAAACUUGACACUUUAGAUUGUAUUAUUACUCUUGAUUUCAGUUUAUAAUAAACAAUACCUACUCAUUAAGAUAGUAUUGUUUUAAACUUAUCUUUUAUGGAUGAACCAAAAGAAUGUUCAAAAGAUAGAGUAAUCAAUAAAAUACACAGCAAAUAUAAAUUGGUUUUUAAUUAUGUUACAUUUAUUUAAUCCCAUUUUAUAAUAACAUUAUUAAUAUCUUGUGUGUAUUUACAAGUUACAUGGGGGUAUUUAUUAUAUGGACAGUUUAAAAUCAAUAUUAUCUAUA